AGUGUGGCAAAAACAUAAAUAUCUAGAAACAUAGGGGGUUCAAACAUGAAAGACAAGAAAAGCUUUUCCUUAGUUUAGUAGUCAGUACUUGUUCAGCUCGUUCGUUCAUCGUUAACAUCAAUUUUUUUUCUCUCUCUUCUCUCUAAAACACAUCAUCAGACGUAGGGCUUCUCCCAUUCGCCGCGCUUCUAACCACCGCCACUCUCUAUUUUACACCCCCCGGAGCUACACCCCCCCUUUCAAUUCAAACCCUAAUUGAACAAUAAACAAAACCGAGAUCGAUCGAUCCAUCGAUCGAUCAAACUUGAAGCAUUCAUUUCGAUCAUCUUUAUUAGGGUUAGGGUUAAGGGAUUCAAUUCAAUCUUUUCACGAUUAUUCAGAUCAAAUUAUAAGAGUUAGGGUUUUCAUGCUUUGGCGAUUUACACUUGCGGUGCGACUGCGAUGGCAAAUUCCGGCACCAAAUAUGUGUCUGUGAAUCUCAACAAGUCUUAUGGACAAAACUCUACCGCUUCGGGAUCAAACCGAACGCCGGCGAGACCUGUCGGUGGUGGUAUGGCGCUUCUUUCCAGACCUCGCAGUUCGCAGAAAGUUGGGACGAAGCUUGCUGUUCCACCCCCCUUGAAUCUUCCUUCACUGCGGAAAGAGCAUGAACGGUUUGAUUCGCUUGGAUCGGGUGGUGGUCAGGCUGGAGGAGCUGGUUCUGGAAGUGGUUCGAGACCUUCGUCGUCGGGUAUGGGUUGGACGAAGCCUGCUGCUGUGGUUGUGCAAGAGAAAGAACCAAAUUUUCAGGAGGAUGUGCCGAGGUAUGUUAGCAAACCGGCUGCUCCUCCUGUUGUUUCGUCGGCGGUGUUGAGAGGAGAGGAUUUUCCUUCAUUGCGUGCGACUUUGGUGCCUCCUGCACCUGCUCCUAGUCAGAAUCAGAAGAUUCAAGAGAAUUCGAAUCAGAAGCCUAAGAAUUUUGCUAAUGAGAAUGUAUCUGUUGAGCAGAAGAAGGGUAAGGAUGUGGAUGCUGAUACUAAUGGUAAUGCAAAUGCUAAUACUCUUUCACAUGUUAAUGUCAAUUCUCGGUUCAAUGUUCCUCGCACUGAGAAUUUUCCAGUUGAUAACAGCCGUGAGAAUAGAGGUUUUAGUGGGUCUCGUGGGGCGAAUCAGGAUGAGUUUUUUCCUGGUCCUUUACCGCUGGUAAGGUUGAAUCCUAGAUUUGAUUGGGCUGAUGAUGAGCGUGAUACUGGUCAUGGUUUCACUGAGAGGAGUAGAGAGGGGAGGGAUCAUGGAUUUUCAAAAAGUGAUGCUUUUUGGGAUUUUGAUAUGCCUCGUGUUGGCAUUGUGCCACAGAAGUAUGGUAGUGGUUUUGAUAAGAGGGGACAGCUGCGGGGCAAUGAAGCUGGAAAGGUUUCCUCCAGUGAAGUUCCUAAGGUGGACCCUUAUGAUAGAAUGCCCGGAAGGGAAGGGAAUUCCUCCAGUUCCACUUCGUGGAGGAAUUCGUCGAAAGAUGGGUUUAGUGUGAAAGAUGUUGGGAGUGAGAGGAAUGGUGUUGUUGGUGCAAGGCCGUCCAGUGGAAAUAGAGAUGUAGGGAAAGAUACCAAGUAUAAUUCGUCCCCUUCUAGAGAUGUUGUUCAUGAUGAUUCUGGAAGGAGGGAUGUAGGGUAUGGUCAAGGUGUGAAACAGCCUUGGAAUAAUAUGGCGCAAUCAUAUGGUGAACGUAAUGGAAUGAGUGAUAAUCGUCAUGUUGGUGGCGAUCAUCAAUAUAACAGGAAUAGAGUGGAUUCCUCUCAGAGCUUGGUGUCGAAGUCUUCAUUUUCUGUGGGUGGUAAAGGGCUUCCUGUUACUGACCCUUUGCUUAAUUUUGGCAGAGAAAAACGCAAUUUAUCAAAGAUUGAAAAGACUUACGGCGAAGAUUUCGGAGCUUCUGCUUUUGAUGGGAAGGAUAUUUUUUCAACAGGUCUUGUUGGGGUGGUGAAGAAGAAGAAGGAUGUUCUCAAGCAAACUGAUUUCCAUGAUCCUGUUAGAGAAUCUUUUGAGGCUGAGCUUGAAAGGGUUCAGAGGAUGCAAGAACAGGAGCGGCAGAGAGUCAUUGAAGAGCAAGAGAGGGCCGUGGAGUUUGCUCGCAGAGAAGAGGAGGAACGAUUAAGACUAGCUAGAGAACAGGAAGAGAGACAAAGGAGGUUGGAAGAAGAAGCAAGAGAGGCAGCAUGGAGGGCAGAACAAGAUAAGAUUGAAGCUUUGCGGAAGGCGGAAGAGCAGAGGCUAGCGAGGGAAGAAGAGAGACAAAGAAUGCUUUUAGAAGAGGAGAGGAGGAAACAAGCCGCUAAACAAAAACUUAUAGAAUUGGAACAAAAGAUUGCUAGGAGGCAGGCUGAAGCAGUCAAAGGUAACAAUAAUGUUCCAGUUGUUGUGGACGAGAAAAUGCCUGGAAAUGUGAAUGAAAGAGAUGCAUCCAGAUCUACAGAUGUAGGUGACUGGGAGGAUAGUGAAAGAAUGGUUGACAGGAUAUUAACUUCGGCAUCUUCUGAUUCAUCGAGUGUGAAUAGGCCAUUGGAGAUGGGAUCUAGGUCUCAUUUUUCUAGAGAUUUGUCUUCCACCUUCGUGGAUAGAGGUAAACCAGUUAAUUCAUGGAGACGAGAUGGAUAUGAGAACUGGAGUGGCCCAGCAUUCUAUCCACAGGACCAGGAUAAUAGUCACAACAGUCCCCGUAGAGACUCAUCCAUUGUUGGAAAGCCAUUUAUGAGGAAAGAAUAUAACAGUGGUGCUGGAUUAAUCCCUUCAAGGAAUUACUAUAAAGGAGGAAUUUCAGAGUCUCAUUUAGAUGAAUAUGCUCAUGUUAAAGCCCCCAGGUGGAAUCAACCUGCAGAUGGAGAUCAUGUUGGGAGAAAUACAGAGAUGCAUUCUGAUUUUAGUGAAAAUUUUGUUGAAAGAUUUGAUGGUUGGUCACCGAACCGUCCCCGUGGCAAUGCAUUUCCUCCAUUCGCUGACCGUCCGUACCAGAACUCUGAAUCAGAUGGAUCUUAUGCCUUGGGGAGAUCACGGUAUUCUGUCAGGCAGCCUCGUGUACUCCCCCCUCCGCUUGCCUCAGUUCACAGAACUUACAGAAAUGGAAAUGAACACCCUGCUUCUUCUGCUUUCCUAGAAAAUGAGAUACCGUAUAAUCAGGCAGCAAGGGGUGAAUCUACCGUGCCAACUGGUUAUGACAAUGGGAAUCAUGGUCAACCUGAAAUAGUUGAUCCUCUCCAAGAGGUUGCUGAGAACGAGGAGCACAAAGUGGAGGCCACACCAAGGUGUGAUUCUCAGUCUUCACUCUCUGUCUCAAGCCCCCCUAGUUCACCAACACAUCUCUCUCAUGACGACCUUGAUGACUCUGGAGAUUCUUCUGCGAUAUUGACUUCUGAAGAAAACAAAAAUUGCCUUGUCUCAGCUCCAGAUAAUGAUACCAUUGCAGCACCUGCCGUAGCUGAUACAGAGAAUGUAGUUACUUCUCGUGCCGUCUCUAGUGGUGAUGAUGAUGAAUGGGCUACUGAGAAUAAUGAGCAGUUCCAGGAACAAGAGGAAUAUGAUGAAGAUGAAGAUUAUCGUGAAGAAGACGAAGUGCAUGAAGGAGAUGAUAAUGCUGGCCUCCACCAGGAUUUUGAAAAUAUGCAUUUGCAGGAAAAGGGAUUGCCACACUUGAUGGAUAACCUUGUAUUAGGAUUCGAUGAGGGUGUUCAGGUUGGAAUGCCCAAUGAGGAGUUUGAAAGGGUACAACAAGCUUCAAACGUGACUCCAGAAGUACCUUUUGAUAAUGAUUGCAAACCCCUUCAACCUGUUGAUGACAACUCUCGCGUGAAUCUCAAUAGUUCUUCUAGUGUAUUCCAUGAAUCAGAAAAGCCAACUCCUAAUGUGGCAUCUGAGAGUCUAGGUAAUGUGGAAGCUUCUAAUGGCUUGUCUUCCAAUCAUAGUACACCAUCUUCAGUUAUUAUUGGCCCACAGUACACAUCUUCGUGUCAAAUUGUUACGUCAUCUGCUCCCGGUCAAGCUGAGUUACCUAUUAAGCUUCAAUUUGGUCUUUUCUCUGGUCCAUCAUUGAUACCCUCUCCAGUACCAGCCAUACAGAUAGGUUCUAUACAGAUGCCACUGCAUCUGCAUCCACAUGUUGGAGCACCGCUCAGUCACAUGCACCCAUCACAGCCUCCCUUAUUUCAAUUUGGCCAGCUUAGGUAUUCAUCUCCCGUAUCACAGGGGAUGAUGCCUCUAGGUCCUCAAUCAAUGUCAUAUGUUCAGCCCAAUAUCCCCUCUGGUUUCCCUUUCAAUCAUAACUCUGGAAGUCAAAUGCCAGUUCAAAGUGCUCCAGAAUCUUCUGACUCAUUUAUUAAGAAAGAUGUCAGGCAUCAGUCUGUUCUUGGCCAACCAGGUAGUUCAAGAAGCUUAUCUCAUGGUUCCCUGCCAAGUGAGAAUGCAGAAAAUUUGGCUGGAAUAAAGCAGGGACAUAUUAAUGCUCCUCCCCGUGAUGUUAAUAAUAGCACAAGGACUGCUUCUAGUUUCCAAUUAGACAAGCGAGGGAACCAAAAUAUAGUUGGAAAGAUUAGCAGUACUUCAUCCAAUGCUAAACACUCUGAAGUUCAGCCUCAUAUCAAAGAUGCAUCUCUUCGUUCAGUUUCAGAAGAGAAAGAUUUAAUGGAUUCCAGAACACGCUUUCCUGCAUCUGGUGGUAGAGGACAGAGAUAUGUUUAUACAGUAAAAAAUUCAAGCUUAAAAUCAUCAGGUCCAGGUCCAGCUCCGAGGGUUAAUCGAGCAGACUCCAGAGGAUUUUUGAGGAGGCCUAAUAGGAAUACACAGCGCACUGAGUUUCGAGUUCGGGAAAGUGCUGAGAAGAGGCAGGCUUCUAGUUCUGUGUCAACUGAUCAGUUUGAGUUGGAUAAUAAGUCAAAUUUCAAUGGAAGGGGAAUAGGCAUGUCUGGAAGAACUGGAUCCAGGAAGUCUUACAUCAAUAAAUUGGGGAAACAGACAGUAGAAUCAGUUGGAGAAAAUUCACAUGGCAUGGAUUCUGGUAGUAGGGCUGAGAAGGUUGAAGGAAAAGAAUCAACAAAGGCUCAGGGCAUUUCAUAUUCUGGGCAGAGUAAUCUCAAAAGAAACUUGUGUUCUGAGGAAGAUGUCGAUGCUCCAUUGCAAAGCGGAAUUAUACGUGUGUUUGAGCAACCUGGAAUUGAAGCUCCAAGUGAUGAAGAUGACUUCAUAGAAGUCAGGUCAAAGAGGCAAAUGAUAAAUGAUCGGCGAGAACAAAGAGAGAAGGAAAUCAAGGCUAAGUCCCGUGUUGCAAAGGUGCCACGGAAAACCCGUUCCACUACACAAAGUACUGUGACCAUGGCCAAUUCAAGCAAAGGAUCCAUUUCUACCGGAGAAGUGUCUAACAGUAGUGGUGCUGAUUUUGCUGCUGCCGAUGGGCAUGGGAUGACAAAGAGUGAUUCGUCAUCUGGAUAUAAUUCAAACUUACUGUCCCAGGCAUUACCUCCUAUAGGCACGCCUCCUUUGAAGAUUGAUGCCCAGCCUGAUCUAAGAUCACAGAGUAACAGGUCACUUAAUACAAGUGUCCCAUCAGUUUCUGGCCGUGAAAGCAAGAACAAGGUUCAUGAAAAUGUUCAGACAUCUUUGGGCACUUGGGGCAAUGUGCAAAUUAGUCAGCAGGUCAUGGCGCUGACACAGACACAACUCGAUGAGGCUAUGAAGCCUCAGCAGUUUGAUCCGCAUACUUCUAGUGGCAAUAUGACAGGUGCUGUUACUGAAUCCAGCUUGCCAGCCCCAUCCAUUUUGACAAAAGAGAAAACAUUCUCAUCUGCUGCCAGUCCAAUAAAUUCCUUGCUUGCUGGAGAGAAAAUUCAAUUUGGGGCAGUGACAUCUCCGACUGUUCUUCCUCCUAGCAGCCGUGUUGUGUCUCAUGGCAUCGGGCCCCGUCGAUCAUCUAGGUCUGACAUGCAAAUAUCCCACAACCUUGCUGGAUCUGACAACAAUUGCAGUCUUUUCUUUGAGAAAUCGAAACAUGGUAAUGAAUCUCAUGGCCAUUUAGAAGAUUGUGAUGUGGAAGCUCAAGCUGAAGCGGCUGCUUCUGCUGUUGCUGUUGCUGCCAUUGGUAGUGAUGAGAUUGUUGGAAAUAGAUUGGGUACUUGUUCUGUCUCAGUUUCAGAUGCUAAAAGUUUUGUAGCUGCAGAUACUGAUAGGGUAGCAGCAGGGGUUGGUUGCGAGAAGCAAUCAGCAAGUCAAUCUAGAUCCGAGGAGCCUCUAAGUGUGUCUCUUCCUGCUGACUUAUCUGUUGAGACUCCACCAAUUUCUCUGUGGCCUGCCUUACCAAAUACACAAAAUUCUUCUGGUCAAAUGAUCUCACAUUUUCCCGCUGUCCCUCCUCAUUUUCCUUCUGGCCCACCAUCUCAUUUUCCUUUCUAUGAAGUGAAUCCUAUGAUGGGUGGUCCCGUGUUUGCUUUUGGACCACAUGAUGAGUCUGCAUCUACAACACAGUCGCAGUCUCAAAAGAGUACUGCACCAGCAUCAAGGCCAAUUGGGAGCUGGCAACAGGGUCAUUCUGGCGUGGAAUCCUUUUAUGGUCCUCCAACAGGAUUUACAGGACCUUUUAUUGGUCCUCCUGGAGGCAUUCCAGGAGUCCAAGGGCCUCCACACAUGGUUGUUUAUAACCAUUUUGCACCUGUCGGACAAUUUGGUCAAGUUGGCUUGAGUUUCAUGGGCACCACUUAUAUCCCCUCUGGAAAACAGCCUGAUUGGAAACACAUUCCUACAACUUCUGCAGCAGGGACUAGUGAAGGGGAUAUGAAUAUGGCAUCUUCACAGCGGAAUCCCGCUAACAUGCCUUCUCAAAUCCAACAUCUUGCUCCUGGUUCGCCACUUCUGCCAAUGGCAUCUCCAGUCGCUAUGUAUGAUGUUUCUCCUUUUCAGCAUUCUAAUGAGAUGUCAGUGCAAGCUAGAUGGCCACCUGUUCCUAAUGCACCACUUUCAUCCAUUCCUCUAUCAAUGCCAUUGCAUCAGCAAGAAGGAGUUCAAACUUCCCAGAUGAGCCAUGGCCCUUCGGCUGACCAGCCAUUAAAUGUCAAAAGGUUUACCAGUUCUCGAACUUCAACAUCUUCUGACAGUGAUAGGAAUUUUCCUAGAGCCACUGAUGUAAAUGUCAACCAGUUACCUGAUGAACUUGGAUUAGUGGACGCAUCAAACUCCACUGCGUCUAAGACUUCGUCCAAGGGUGGUGUUAAUAAGAGUCAAUCUGAGAAAACUAUUACAGAUGCCGCUGCCAAAGCUGAUGUUCAGAAUGGAAAUAGCAGCAAAAGUAAUAACCAGAGUACAAGUUCUGGCUAUAGGACUCAGCCCUCACAACAAAAUAACCAGCAGCAGCAUUAUGAUCAUUCCUCAGGACAUACUAAUUAUCAGAGAGGAGGUGGUGUUUCUCAGAGAAAUAAUUCUGGCGGUGAAUGGUCCCAUCGAAGAUACCAUGGAAGAAACCAAUCUAUUGGUGGAGAUAAGAACUUUUCCUCGUCAAAGGUCAAGCAAAUUUACGUGGCUAAGCAGACUAUUAGCGGGUCAUCAACAGUUUCAUAAGGUGUGCACAAGCAAUAACUGCUAGAUGCGGAAACUAAAAUACAUGGAAGGCUUUUGUUGUUAAUUAUUGUUCCGGUGGAAAUAAAAUUUUGAUUAGCUUCUACUUGGGUUUAGGGCAGAUUGAGUGUUAGAUUAAGAUUUUUACUGGCUACAACGGAUUCUCUACCGGUCUUCCUGAUGAAAGGCCGUGAAAGGGUUUGAUAGCACUGUCAUUGUUGCGACCGUCAUUUUGCAAUAGCAAUCAGGCUUGGACAAUCUUCCUUUGUUUUCUUGACAGUAAAUUAAAAACCUCUAUUUAUUGGGUUUUGUGUAUCAGAAUCAUUAGUUGUCUUCAUAUAUUCUUUCCAUAAUUAUAAGAAAGUAUCAAAUUUUGAGAAA